UCAAGCCCAUUCAUUCUCCUCCGCCGCCCGCAGUCCUGUUUCCACUAUGGUGAGUUUCUCCAUGUGCCCCAUUCAGCUGCGGCUCCUGCCACCGAUGCUGCUGUUGCUGUUGCUGCCGCCGCCUCCGACCAGUGGAGCCGAGCCUCAGCUGAUGCAUCAGGAACGCAGCGCGGAGCUCGAAGCCAUACGCAGCGCCAUCCUGGGAAGGCUUGGGCUGUCCAAGCCCCCCGACGUCCGUCCCCCUCUUCUCAGUGCCACGGAGGUCCGGAGGCUGCGGCGCCGCUACGAGGAAGCACUGGCCCAGCUGAGGACCAACCGGAGCAUGGAGGAGACCGACCUACACAGUAGUUCGGGUCCCAGUAUUACCAAGGUCCGGAUCCUGGCGCCCAAAGUGGAGCUGAGCCGAGACGCCUCCAACCUGCGCUUCCACCUGCUGCUCGACCGGGAGGCGCUGCCUGUGGAGAUGCUAGAGAAGCCGCGGCUGAUGAGCGCCCAGCUGUGGCUGUUUCUGCAGCCACCUUCCCCGCCCCCUCGGACUGAGGGGGCCACCUUCCCGCUAGAAGCUGAAGCAAAAAGCCUGAGGUUCGACCUGACGCGGCCGCUGCGACGCUGGCUCAGACCAGGCCGGACCGCUGCGCCCCAGCUGCGGAUGCCCCUGGCUCUGCCUCCCAGCAUGGCCCCGGAGCUGCUCCGACGGCCUCCGGUCCCGCGCGCCAGCCUGCGCGUCAAGUUCCAGACCCCAGCGGGCAGGAAGAGCCGCAGGGUGCGGGCGCUACAGCCGGAUAAGGACUGCGAAGAGGGCAGCGGGAGCCGCUGCUGCGCUCGCUCGCAGCGCGUGUCCUUCCAGGAGCUUGGCUGGGCAGACUGGGUGCUGGCGCCGCGCGAAUACGAGAUGCGCUUUUGCGAAGGCUCCUGCCCGCACAACUACCGGCCCGCAAGCCUGCACGCACAGCUCAAGGCCCGCCUACACAGCGUGUCCCCUGCCGCUGUGGGCCCACCCUGCUGCGCGCCCUCUGCCUACGAGCCCAUAGUGCUCAUGCAUUAUGGCAGUGAUGGGCAGGUGACGCUCACGCCCUUUGAAGAUCUGGUCCCUACAACUUGCCACUGCGCAUGACCCAGCGCGACCUGGGGGGCUCCUGCGCUGCAAAGUCAAGGGGCUGGACAUUAGCGAGCUAGGAUGGACCACACCUAGCUUCCCUUCUCCCCAGCCCAAUCAGGCAGCCCAAAGCUGACCUCUACACUGCAAAUCCAGAGUGGCUGAAGAAGGGGUCCGGGGUGGCCACUUGUGGCACCUGUCAUAGCUGUGGCCAAAGAGUGGAGCUGAAGCUGGCCCUCCUUAGCAGCUAUGUUUCCUCCCUCCUGGCUUGGGAGAAGCAGCCUUAUUUAUAGUCAUAUUUAUCUAUAACUUAUUGGGAUGGGGGGACGGGGAUUUGUACAACUCUCAUUGCUUGGCUUUUAUUUAUAAUGGACACUGUUACAGAAAGAAUCUUCUGUUACUUUGAAAAGGGAAUUUAAAAAUAAAUCCUAAAAAACUGAA